AUUUGAGAGCUGCAGGAGCACGAGACAGAAGCGAGCAGAGGCUCCCAGGGCGAGAGGCGGAAAGGGUGCAGCGGAUCGAGCCCCGUUCGGAGAGAUGGGACCAGCUGCGAUGUCUUCAAUUUGGCUCAUCGGAUGCUUCUUCCUGGCAGGUUGGUACAUAUAUAUUUGUCCGUACCUGGCCUCCAAGUUCCCUUUGUCGUGCGGCUUAGAAAGGAGUUAGGCAGCAAGAAACAGAGAGUUGCUGCGUUCGGAGGGACCCCAAAGCUCAUCCAGCCCAACCCCAAGCAAUGUAGGAAUCUCAGCUAAGAGUCCACGGCAGUCGGCCAUCGAACCUCUGCUUAAAAACCUCCAAGGAAGGAGAGCCCACAACCGCCCGAGGGAGAAUGGGUCCAAUAAACCUGUUGACUCCUCUCCAAAAGAGGCAGCCUGGUUUGGAUGUUGGACUGGGAGACCCGGACCUGGGUUCAAAUCCCACCCCAGCUCAGCCACAAAACCAACCUUGGAGGGCCUGCCUUGUGUGCAUUCACUGAGGAAGAAGAACCAUCCAAGGAACCACCUUGAGAAAAUGGUGGGACAGAAAGGUGAUAGGUUUUGAUUCAAUUCAUAAAUACAGUGGUACCUCGGGCUAAGAAUACGUUCCGGAGGUCUGUUCUUAACUGUUCUUAACCUGAAGCAACACUUUAGCUAAUGGGGCCUCCUGCUGCCGCUGCGCAAUUUCUGUUCUCAUCCUGAAGCAAAGUUCUUAACCCGAGGUACUAUUUCUGGGUUAGCAGAGUCUGUAACCUGAAGCGUAUGUGACCCGAGGUACCACUGUAGGUCGAUCGGAGAGGUGUUGUUGAGCUGGGGUUAGGGGCUAGGGAGGCUGGAAGCUUGGCUGUCUCCCAUGGGUGCCCAGAACUGAUGUUUCCAUCUCUCUCUCUCUGCCUAGCUUACGGCUCUGCUCAAUAUAUGGAGACGUCCCAAGUGGCCAUGAAAGAGACGGGAUUUGUGGAGUCUCCGCUGUGCUCUGGCGCCGAUGGCUCCGACGCAGGCUGCCCGCACCGCAAGAAGUCGGUUACGCUGCUGCCCUCGUUCACCAAGACCACGGCGCACCCCACAACACACACCACGGCCCACCCCACGAAACACACCACGGCGCACCACACAAAACACACCACGGCGCACCCCACAAAACACACCACGGCACACCACACAAAACACACCACGCCACGGCCCACAAAACACACCACAGCCCACCACACAAAACACACCACGCCGCACCCCACAAAGCACACCACAGCCCACCCCACAAAACACACCACGCCGCACCACACGAAACACACCACCCCGCACCCCACAAAACACACCACGGCCCACCACACAAAACACACCCCACCGCACACCACAAAACACACCACACCGCACCCCACGGCGCACCCCAGGAACCGCACCACCCCACACCCCGCCCCCACCCAUCAACCCACGCAACCACCCGUUGUCCGCGUUGGAGAUUAUGCGGUCCCAAAUGGCUCGAACCCGUGUUUGCGGGUUCAAGCGGCGUUGCAGCUCCGGGUCCGCUACACCGAUAAGGCCAAGCAGGAGGUAGGAGAUCCGGGCGGCUGUUGGGGAGAUGGCGAUUCCGUGACCUCGGGAGGCCUCCGUCGGAGGCUUUCAAGCCCAGGUCGGGACGGCUGCCUGUCAGGGGUUCUGGGUUGGGCUGGAUAAUAAUAAUUCUUAUUUAUACCCCGCCCAUCUGGCUGGGUUUCCCCAGCCACUCUGGGCGGCUUCCAACGGAAUAUUAAUAUACAAUAACCUAUUAAACAUUAAAAGCUUCCCUAAAGAGGGCUGCCUUCAGAUGUCUUCUAAAAAUCUGGUAGUUGUUUAUUUCCUUGACAUCUGGUGGGAGGGAGUUCCACAGGGCGGGUGCCACCACCGAGAAGGCCCUCUGUCUGGUUCCCUGUAACCUCGCAGGGAGAGAACCCCCAGAAGGCCCUCGGAGCUGGACCUCAGUGUCCGAGCUGAACGAUGGGGGUGGAGACGCUCCUUCAGGUCUACUGGGCCUUUGAGGCCGUUUAGGGCUGUCAAGAUCAGCACCAACACUUUGAAUUGUGCUUGGAAACGUACUGGGAGCCAAUGCAGGUCUUUCAGGACCGGUGUUAUGUGGUCUCCCAGUCCAGAGUCUAGCUGCUGCAUUCUGGAUUAGUUGUAGUUUCCGGGUCACCUUCAAAGGUAGCCCCACGUAGAGCGCAUUGCAGUAGUCCAAGCGGGAGAUAACCAGAGCAUGCACCACUCUGGUGCGACAGUCUGCGGGCAGGGAGGGUCUCAUCCUGCGCACCAGAUGGAGCUGAUAAACCGAGGUCCCUCCCAACUCUACAAUUCUGUGGUUCUGGAGGAACGUUGAGCAAGGUCCUGGCGGCCUGGGCUCCUGGGGGACGGGAAGAGACCGACCAGCUCUGAGUGGUCAUUUCUGCUUCCCCUUUUCCCCUUUCCAUAUUGACACAGGCCCAGCGGCUUAAGCUGGGAGGGGACUGUCAGGGAGUGAAGCUCAGUGGUUAGAGGACAGGAGGUUUUUGUGUGUGCUGCACCGCUUGCCCUCGGCCUCCUUCCUGCCCCUCCGUGCGGCAGGGGAGAACGCCAUUUCCCUCGGCAAAGGUUCCCGAUUCAAUUUCCCGCAAUGUAAUAGGAAGCCAAGAGAACAGCUAUGGCGGCAGUUGAAGCGAAAAGACGGGAAACGAAACUUUAAAACAAAGGGUUAAAGGGGCAAAGUCCAAGUGAAGAAUAUCGACAUUAUCUGGUAGUUAAGUUCCACGUCUGCCAACAGACCUGCUUGAACAGGAUGGUUCUGCUGUAAUAUGUAAAAAUGAAGGGAAGGCAGAAUCAUAUAAAACAUGCCUGGAGAUUCUAGGCCUCAUGAAAAUCUCAAAUUAUAUGUGGUUUUCUCUACGAUUCUAGGAUUUGACGUCAAGGAGUGGCAAAGUUUCUGAAUACAUCUGCCCUUAACAGACUUCUUAGGAUUGCCUGAUAAAUAUAUGUAUAGCCCAGUAUUUAAAUUCUGUGUUUAUAUUAAUAGGUUUUGUGGGUUUUUUAGGGAAAAGGAAAAUACACAUUGGCUGGGCACUUAGAGGAAGUUACUUAAUACUGGGGUUUCAAUUGCUUCAAUUGCCCUUGUAUGGCUAUCUGUCGUGGAUGUUUUAGCUGAAAGUCCUACAUUGCAGGCGGGUUGGACUGGAUGACCUUUGGGGUCCCCCCCCAAUUCUACAAUUCAAUGAUUCUGUGCUUCCAGUUCCACAAUGCCCUCCCAAAUGCAGGGGACCCAAUCCCGAGGGUCAUUUGCACCUUUCCCCAUUUACGGCAUGCAGCAACAUCUUCUGCUCAUUUCUGCUUUCGACAGCCUUUAAUAAAUUGAUAAAAAUUGUGCAUGCUUUAGGAAGUCUGUGGCUUUGCAGUUUAGGCUUAGAAGCCGCAGGAUCUUCAGAGGGAAGUGAGACUUGUGGGGUGGGGUGGGAAGGUAGCAGUGUGCAAUCCACAGACAAAAGACGAAACUGGCUAUGUAGAAAAAAACCUGAGCAAAGGCCACAACACAAAUGAAGAUUAUCGAUAAAUACGAAACGAUAAUCUUUAUUGUCACUGUCCCAUACAGAACAAUGAAAUUGAAAAAAUCUACAUCAGACAUUCAAAAACCGACAAGCCUGCUAUCCCAGCCUGGUUAGAAAGUGUUUCUCAGGCGGCUAGUCCUAGUCUUUAUAACCCUGUAGCUUCUUCCAGAAGGCAGAAGUUGAAAGAGAUCAUUUCCAGGGUGCGUACUAUCCUGCGCUAUCUCAGCAGCUUUCUUAUGGCACCUGGAAGCAUAGAUUUGAUCCAAGGUGGGAAGAGUGCACAUAAUUAUUCUCUCCGCAGUCUUUACAACCCUGGACAGCAUCAGAUAGAUAGAUAUAUAGAUAGAUAGAUAGAUAGAUAGAUAGAUAGAUAGAUAGAGAGAUGGACUCUCCAAAAGGGAAAGAAAAACUCUGGUGGCGCAGCAAUGAAACUGCUGGCACGUUGCAAAGCUAAGCAGGAACUGGUAUGGUUUCAAAUUGGACGGGGCACGACGUGUUGAGAUUCCUGCAUUGCAGCGGGUUGGGCUAGAUGACCCUAUGGUGUCCCCUCCAAUUCUACAAUUCUGUCAGGGCUCACUCUGGGUACCGGCAGGAUUAUCUGGGCCCAAGCGGUGCACUGCAGGUGGACUGGGGCCCCCAACCCUCUCCUAAGCUGCUGCUUAUGUACACGUGGGAAGAAAAACUGGAAGGAAGUUCUUCUCGCAGCACAGAGUUGAACUGCGGAACUCCCGCCCACUGGAGGCAGGGACGGCCACCAUCCUGGAUGGCUUUAAAAAGAGGCAAAUUCAUGGAGGGAGUUAUAGAGCUUUCCCCUUCCCCUGCAACAGCUAAGCUUGCUUUUCAGCUUCAAAUCCUCCAGCGGGAGAUGCGUGACGACAGCCUUAGCUUUCUAUGGCUAUAGAAAGAAAGGAGCCUAGACUCUUGGGUCGCUCACUAAACAGGCGCGACGUGGCUGAACGUUGGGCUUGUGCCAGUUUCUCCCUCCUGCUCUAGGUCCAAGCUGAAUUUCCUGGGGCUUUGCAGGGUCCUGCUCUCUCACACACCUUCACUCUUCCUCUCUUCCAGCUCUGGGGGGACUUUGCAGUGAACCCCAACCGCACAGAGUUUUCCGGGAACUGUACCAACCAGACAGCCGUCCUCCACCUGCAUUUCCUAGAAGGCAACCUUCUCUUUACUUUCAGAAAGGUGAGAGGGAGGAUUGGAGAGGGGGGCUGGCGGGGGUCAUGAAAAGGUGUAUCCCCAAUGCCUGGUCUUUACAGGUACGCUGCCUCUGACUUUGGAGGUUCUAUUGAACGACUGCGGCCAACAACAAGCAGACCUCCCCUCUCUGUGAAUUUCUCUGAUCCUUUCCUUCUCUGAGAAUUUCUUCUGGUCCCAAAGGAGGGUUGUUAAGGAGACCCCUAUCCCACUCCCAGAUGCAAUUCCCUGAGAAGGGAACCAGUCUGGGAAUAGCAGCUCUGAGAGAGCAAUAAAGGUACCCCAACAAUUCUUAACAAACUACAAUUCCCAGCAUUCUCUCGGCAAGGGGAGUCAUUACCGUUUAAAGUGGUAUGGCGCCGGUUUAAACAGACGCUGCCAGAGAUUUGGAGCAUCUAACCUUGUGUCUCUCUCUGUGUUUACCUUUGAUACUCCUAAUCUAAUAUCUAAUCUAAAAUUAUUAUUAUCAGAUCCAAUUCAAGUUGAUUAAGUUAUUACCAGGUCCAAUUCAAGUUAAGUUAUUAUCAGGUCCAAUUCAAGUUGAUUAAGUUAUUACCAGGUCCAAUUCAAGUUGAUUAAGUUAUUAUCAGGUCCAAUUCAAGUUGAUUAAGUGUGCCUUCCUUCCUGGGUGGGAAAGUUCGGGAAUGAAAUGGGAAUUGGGGGAGCAGUAACACUUAACCUAUUAAACUUUCCAGCACCAUUUUCCUCUCUGUGUUUAUCUUAAAAUCAGAGCAACGUACCGUAUUUUUCGCUCUAUAAGACGCACCAGACCACAAGACGCACCUAGUUUUUGGAGGAGGAAAACAAGAAAAAAAAUAUUCUGAAUCUCAGAAGCCAGAACAGCAAGAGGGAUCGCUGUGCAGUGAAAGCAGCGAUCCCUCUUGCUGUUCUGGCUUCUGGGAUAGCUGUGCAGCCUGCAUUCGCUCCAUAAGACACGCACACACAUUUCCCCUUACUUUUUAGGAGGGAAAAAGUGAGUCUCAUAGAGCCAAAAAUACGGUAAUUUCUUUUAAAAGCUGAUGAGUUUGUUUUAAAAGCUGGCCGAGUUCAGCGCAUGACUGAUGCGCUCAUAGUAAACCUAACCUGGCACGAACACCAACGCACAAGUCUUCCUCGAAAGGCGGGUCCCUUGAACGUUCCCGCGUGGUACGGACCCACGCCCAUCAGCCUGCGGGUUCAGGUGCGUCACGAGCGCAGCCGUGGGCAACAAGACGACUCGGCUGCAAUUUAGGAAGCUGAUCUGGCCUGGAAACUCCUGGCUGAUCCAAGCCAUGAGUCACUCUCUGGCAAAAGGUCCUUCGAGCCGGCUGCAUCGGAGGCCGGAAAGACUGGCUUGGCAGAGGCCUGCUGGCGCGGCUGGCGCACGCCGACCCCAUCCUGAGAAUAUAAUAAUAAUUUAUUAUUUAUACCCCGCCCAUCUGGCUGGGCUUCCCCAGCCACUCUGGGCGGCUCCCAAUCGAGUGUUAAAAACAAUACAGCAUUAAAAACUUCCCUAAACAGGGCUGCCUUCAGAUGUCUUUUAAAGAUAGAAUAGCUGCUUAUUUCCUUCACAAGGGAGGGUGUUCCACAGGGCGGGGGCCACCACCGAGAAGGCCCUCUGCCUGGUUCCCUGUAACCUCACUUCUCUCAGGGAGGGAACUGCCAGAAGGCCCUCGGAGAUGGAUCUCAGUGUCCGGGCUGGACGAUGGGGGUGGAGACGCUCCUUCAGGGAUACUGGGCCUUUGAGGCUGUUAGGGCUUUCAAGGUCAGCACCAACACUUUGAAUUGUGCUCGGAAACGUACUGGGAGCCAAUGUAGGUCUUUCAAGACCGGUGUUAUGUGGUCUCCCAGUCCCCAGUCUAGCUGCCGCAUUCUGGAUUAGUUGCAGUUUCCGGGUCACCUUCAAAGGUAGCCGCACGUAGAGCGCAUGGCAGUAGUCCAAGAACCUAAGAAGAGUUUGCAGGAUCAGGCCCCUCCAGUCCAGCACUCUGUUCUCACAGCGGCUGGCUAGAAGCCGUAACGGGAAGCUGACAAGCGGGAUUCGAACACAAAUCCCCCUCUGCUUUCAGAAGCAUUUCCUGCCUCCGACCGUAGAGGGCAGAGCGUAGCCAUCUUGGCCAGUAGCCAAGAUUUGUCCAAUCCUAUUCAAGUGGAAUGGAGUUCUGCAGUUCGCACUGCGUGAAAAAGGACUUCCUUUCGCCUUUCCUGAACCUCCAAACUUCCAGCUUCACGAAUUCUAGUUGUUAUGAGGAAGGAGAAAACUUUUCUCUCUCUGCUUUCUCCACGCCACACAGUUUUUUGUUUCCAUUUAUUUAUUUAUAUUUUAUAAACGCGGGUCACAUCGCCACUCCGCUCACCUCUUCCCCCAAAUUAAAGUGUUGAUUUCAGCCGCUGCCACUUCCCCUUCGGAGAAAUACGUGAAGUUCAACCACCACAUUGGAGAGGAGGAACAAAACAUGAUUUUAUUUCAAAGUUUGAAACUUUAAAAUGAUUCGUUGGGAGGCUAUUGCUGCUAGUGCUCAGGGAAGGCAGGGGGUGGGAAUUAAUCUGGAACGGGUGCUUCCAGCGGGGCAGCGAAUUGGCUUUGUCUCGUAAACCUCGCAGAUCCUAAGGUGCGGCCUGUGCUACCCUAAAACAGGCGUCGAUCAGGAAAAACAAACCCAGAUUUCUUUGUUUCCUUAGAAUUACACCAGAAAUAUAUUCUACCUGAGUCGGGUACAGGCCUACCUAACGUACCAGUUCCAUCAGGCUGCAGGUAAGGUCAUUUGUGGGGGGCUGGCUCUGAAUUCGGGGGUUGCCAUCAUUGCUCACGGACCUCUUGAGCCAUGGAAAUGCUCAAAUCGGGGGUGCUACACCAGUUGAGUUUUUGCCUGCCGUGCAGCUCUUGAAAAAAUACAAAUGCCACGUCCAUAGUAAGCCCUGUAAAUGUUUUUUUAUGGGGUUCCACCCCAGCCGCAAGCCUGUUUACGACGGCUUUGGCCCGUCAGCAAAUUUUAGAGGGUGAUUCGGAGGCAUGAGGGAACAGAAAGCGAAUCCUGCCAAGAUCCCUUCAGCAGCUAAAGGGAUCACGGAGGAAGCAGAGGGUGUUGUUCCUCCUUUGCGGGGUGGAGCAAAAAGAGCCAUGGGGGUCGGUCACGUUCCGGAGGGUUGGAAUAAAUGACCCUUGGGUUCCCUUUCCAACUGUACGGUUCUGCGAACCCGCACGGCGAUUCUGCCAGGUGGGCUAUAGGCUGAGAUUUGCCGUGGCUUCCCAGAGGCGAUUAUGUCUUAAUCCACAUUCUGUGUUAGAUUCAGGAAGGGUUUCCAGGUGGUUCAACAAGCCCCAGACGACUCUCUUUGUCCCUCCAGCGAAAUCCUUCAGAGCCGACAAUUCCUCUCUCCGCGAGUUCGAGGCCAGACUCGGACACUCUUACCAGUGCCGGAACCGCACCUUGGUCCUGGCAGAAGGCUUUCAUCUCAACGCCCUGCAAGAGCAGGUCCAGGCCUUUGAGCUUCAAGGUGGAAAAUUUGGGGAAGGUGAGAGACUCCCUGCAUCGUACCGCAGGCAGUUCUUUAUUUCCUUUUCUUUAAACAGCUAUACUUCAGUGUAAAGGGACCCCUGACCAUUAGGUCCAGUUGUGGCCGACUCUGGGGUUGCAGCGCUCAUCUCGCUUUACUGGCCGAGGGAGCUGGCGUUUGUCCGCAGUUUUUCCAGGUCAUGUGGCCAGCAUGACUAAGCCGCUUCUGGCGAACCAGAGCAGCGCACGGAAACGCCGUUUACCUUCCCGCCGGAGCGGUGCCUAUUUAUCUACUUGCACUGGUGUGCUUUCGAACUGCUAGGUGGGCAGGAGCAGGGACUGAGAAAUGGGAGCUCACCCCGCCGCGGGGAUUCGAACCGCCGACCUUCUGAUCGGCAAGCCCUAUGCUCUGUGGUUUAACCCACAGCGCCACCUGCGUCCCCAUACUUCAAUGUGCAGGUGUCUUAAUACAGUGGUACCUUGGGUUACAUACGCUUCAGGUUACAUACGCUUCAGGUUACAGACUCCGCUAACCCAGAAAUAGUGCUUCAGGUUAAGAACUUUGCUUCAGGAUGAGAACAGAAAUCUUGCUCCAGCGGCGAGGCAGCAGCGGGAGGCCCCAUUAGCUAAAGUUGUGCUUCAGGUUAAGAACAGUUUCAGGUUAAGUACGGACCUCCGGAACGAAUUAAGUACUUAACCCAAGGUACCACUGUAGUCCAAUGCAUUGUUAGUCUAAACUUUCCAUGUCAUCCUUUUGGCACAGCCCUUUUGCCCGCAGACUUCUCGAGUCUCUCUCCAGUUUGGUGUUUUGCACACCCCGAUUCACCUUCCUCUCCUCACUGAAUUCCUUCUUUCCCUGUUUCAGCCGAGGUCUGCCCAGAGCAGAGACGCACCCUCUUGGUACCCAUCAUUAUCGGCGUCCUCCUUCUGGUCCUCAUCAUCAUCGUGGUCGUGGCCUUUUUGAUUGGACGGGCGCGUGGCCACAGGGGCUAUCAAACCAUUUAAAGGGGAGCCGUUUUCCACACACAGCUGGGCCUCAAGAGAACCAAGAAUGGGGUUUUGUUUUUUUAAAAGGGGGGUGUCUUUCUGCAACAGGGGGACAGGGGGUUGACACCCCCCCUAGGGGUGGGGUGGGAGUUCUCCGAGUUUCUAGACUCGCACCUGUUUCAUUCACUCGCUUGGACUGCUGGUUUGCACAAGACACACCUGGGGGAAGUGAAAAGGACGUUUCUGCACAAAGGUGCAAUUUGUGGGCUGAGGGGCAGUUACAUCUCACUUCUGUCAGACUGCACUUUAAAUCUGGGAGGAGAAUCACAGAAUUGUACUGCUGGGAUCCCCAAGGGUCAUCUAGUCCAACCCCCUUCCCGGAAUGCAGCUAUGGAACCCCUUGAUAGGUGGCCAUCCGACCUCUGCUUAAAAACCUCCAAUCUCAAUUGAAACGAGGCUGGGCUUAUUUCUGGAGCAACUAUCUUGUUAAGAUCAAGUGUUUGUGCAAAGUCUUUGCACUGACCAUGUAAAGUAUUAUCCAGGUGUGGGACUCUCCGCAAAAACAUGUAUUAAGAACUGGUGCACAUACCAUCGAUAAUCCGAAAUGGUGCAUUUGCAUUCUGAAAGCACGCCUUAUAAGGUCCUCCAGAUUGCUCCUCAAGCCCUUUCAUCUGCUCUGCUCUGCGAACCCUUCAGGGGGACUCAAGACCCCCAACUUCAUAUGCAAAGUGCGCUGAUCCUAAGCUCUUCAGGCGGAACACCCCACUGCUCACAACAGGGCAAAUAAAUACCUUUGAAAAUUAUUCAGG